UGGCCGAAAUUUAGUCUGUUAGGGAUCUCGUUGCACUAUUUGUAGCAUAAUUUGAGGUAUAGGGUUUAACGUUUUUGACGCGUUAAUCAUGGCAGAAGUCGAAGAAGCACCCAAAGCUCCUACCGAAACACAUGGACCUAUUCUCUCUGCAGAAGAUCGUCUGCAACUUGCAGAUUUUGACAGUCGCCAAUUUGGAUUUGUCAAGCUUGAUGCAUCUGAUGGAACUGCUAAGAAAAGCUUGCUGGAGAAGGGUGUGAGUCACUACCACAACCUCCUGCGUGUCCAUGCUAAACAGUCUAGCCUUGCCAGUAGUGGAAGUGAGGGGCAAGAGAAGGUGAAGCCGGUCGAGUCUGGGGUUUUCUGCCAUCUUGGUCAUCUGCACCUAUUGCUGGAGCAGUACCCUAAAGCCCUGUCAGCAUACCAGAAGUUUUACAACAUGCAACCAGAUUCAUGGAAGAAUGCCCCCUUCCUGUAUGGGUUAGGACUCGUCUACUUCCAUUUCAAUGCCUUCAAUUGGGCUGUGAAGGCGUUCCAGCAGGUGCUGUAUAUUGAUCCAGGGUUUAAGAGAGCGAACGAAGUCCAUAUCCGUCUUGGGUUGAUGUUCAAAGUCAUUAACAACUAUGACGCAGGUUUGAAACAUUUCCGACUGGCACUGACAGAUUUAAACGAAUGUUCUCUUGAGAAGGUUGAAAUUCGUCUACACAUUGCUCACUUGCUGGAGGUACAGGGGAAGGUGAAUCAGGCGAAGGAGUCCUACGAACAGUUCGCACAGCUUGAGGACAUCAAGAGCACUGUGAAAGCCACAGCGUUAAGACAGCUAGGUUGGCUGUACCACACAGAGGAACAGUUUGGGGACAAGCAGACGCGAGAGACCCGAGCGAUCCACUACCUACAGAAAUCCAAUGAGUUAGACCCCAGUAAUGGACAGACUUGGUACCUUCUUGGAAGGUGUUAUUCUAGUAUAGGCAAAGUCCAUGAUGCUUUUGUGUCCUACCGCCAAUCCAUCGAUAAGUCUGAAGCUAAUGCUGACACCUGGUGCUCAAUAGGAGUGCUGUAUCAGCAACAGAACCAGCCUAUGGACGCUCUCCAGGCCUACAUAUGUGCGGUGCAGUUGGACAAGUCUCAUUCUGCAGCCUGGACGGACCUAGGGAUACUCUAUGAGGCGUGCAACCAGCCCAAUGAUAGCCUCACAUGUUAUCUGAAUGCUUCCAGAAACAAAACUCGAGUCGGUUCUAAUCUAGCAUCAAAGGUGAAGUUUCUGCAACAGAAUCUUAGCAACGUACCAAUGCAACAUUUCCAAAACAAGCCUCGCACACUGCCAAGCAUAGAAGAAGCGUGGAGACUGCCCAUCCCUGCUGAACUCACAUCUCGACAGAGUCAGGCACCACAGCCAGUGCAGCCCGCUGACCGCCCUCAUGGCAUGUUGCCCCCAGCCCAGGUACAGAAUGGCAGUCUGCCCCCCCACCCUGGCCUUGCAGGGUUCACUGAGGAGGAACAGAAGAAGAAGGCGGCACAGUCCAGGAAAAGGCCAUCAUCAGAAGAAAUGCCUACUCCUCAAGCCACACACCCCCAACAGGCCCCCCACCCCCCACAGGGUGCCCCGCCCCAGUUCCUCAAUCAGCAGCAAAUGCAUCUUCUUCAAUACCUGGGACAGAAUCAGGGUAACCUGACUCCGCAGCAGCAGCAGAUGUUCCACCAGCUCCAACAUCAGUAUUACCUGCAGCAGCAGCACCUCAAGAUGCAGGCCUCACUGCAGACACAGGGAAAUCAGAUGCCACCAAUGAGAAUGCAGCCUCCACAGGGUCAUAUGCCAAACCAGCAUAAUCCUCUGCAGUCCCAACUCUCGCCAACAGGGGGCGUUAUGCCGCCAGGUGGACCAAAUCCCCAAGGAAUUCCUGGACAGCACGGAUCAGGAAUGAAAAGUCAUAUGCCAGGUCAAGGUCAUCUCCCAGGUCAAGGUCACCUUCCAGGUCAAGGUCACCUUCCAGGUAUGAGGCCAGGGUUGCCUCUGCCUGGUGGGAAUCUACCUCUUCCUACCCCGCACAGCAACAUUCCAAUGAACACAAUCACACCAUCGUCUCAGGGUUAUGGUGCCGGACCCCUGCCUCCGACAUCAAACCAGCCACCUCAUCACCGACUGCAGCCUGGCUUCCCGGGUCAGGGCGGGAAUGUACCCCAUCAGAACUUUACACCAUUGAUCUCAGAUCCAGGGUCUAAAGACCUUCAAACCGCAGCAGCCAGCUUGAGUGAUCAGGAUCUUACUGCUCUCCUCUCUCGCCAGGACAUUGCUACCUCCCUGGCUGAGGACCUUCUUGCUCAGAUAUCUCAAGGCCAUGACCAGGCCGCAAAGGGACCUAGUAGACUUAGUGGUUCUAGUCAGCAGCCCAUUCCCUCAAUGUCGCUGCAACCCAAGCAGCCUGUUAUAGGGCCCUCGCCACAGAUCAUUGCAGGCCCGCAUCAGAAUCGGGACAACGGUGGAGUGCGCAGCAUGCCUGCCGAUCGUGUGAUGUCAUCAGAAAGUGGUGUGUCACCUACCAACAGUGCUUUAUCUCUACAUUCCUCGACCUCCUCUCAGGGAUCUGCUCAAACAGGAAGCAAUAAGCAGAAAGACUUGCUUCAAGGCAUAUCGACAGAUAAGGACAGAGUCAUUGCUGCGUUAGAGUACAGUUCACUUUUGAAAAUUGAAAAAACUGAGCCGUGUGUGCAGAAGAAGGAUGAGAAACCCAUGCCCACAUUGUCAAUAAAUAUGUGCGGGCGUGAAAUAGUUGAUGCAUCCAAAGGGCUAGGUAAGAAAGGGUACUACUCCGAUCUGUGUCCACCACCACAUCCGCCAACACCUCCUUAUCCUACUCUUCCUAAGGAGAGUCUCAACCCACCUACACCCAGCGUAUAUCUUGAGAGCAAGCGUGACGCCUUUUCCCCAGAGCUUCAGCAGUACUGCCAUUCUCAGCCAGUUGUAGUUAUACGAGGGUUAGCUGGAGCCCUGAAAUUAGAUUUAGGUUUAUUUUCGACAAAAACUCUGGUGGAAGCCAAUGCUGAUCAUCGUGUUGAAGUUCGCACACAGAAGCAGCAGGCUCCGGACGAGAACCGGGACAGCUGGGGCAACAAGGUCUGGCACUGUGACAGCAGCCGGAGUCACACGACCGUCGCCAAGUACGCCCAGUACCAGGCCUCCUCAUUCCAGGAGUCACUCAAGGAAGAGGCUGAGAAGGCGAAAGGUCAGCACAAGGAGAAGGAUUCUGACAGUGACUCCAACUCAUCCUCAUCCUCUAAGGGGAAAAAAUUGAAAAUCAUUAAGUUCGGGACAAACGUCGACUUGUCAGACGAGAAAAAGUGGAAGCUGCAACUACACGAGCUGACCAAAUUGCCCUCGUUCACGAGAGUUGUUUCAGCCGGAAACAUGCUGAGUCACGUGGGACACACCAUUCUCGGAAUGAAUACAGUACAGCUGUAUAUGAAGGUGCCAGGAUCAAGGACGCCAGGCCAUCAGGAGAACAACAACUUCUGCUCGGUGAACAUCAACAUCGGUCCCGGGGACUGUGAGUGGUUUGCUGUUCCCGAUCAGUACUGGGGAGUCAUAUACAACCUGUGUGAAAAGAAUAGUGUGAACUAUUUGACGGGGUCGUGGUGGCCUGUUCUGGAGGACCUGUAUGAGGAGGACGUCCCGGUGUACAGGUUCAUUCAGAAACCGGGGGACCUCGUCUGGAUCGGCCCGGGCACUGUACACUGGGUGCAGGCAAUUGGUUGGUGCAACAACAUUGCCUGGAACGUGGGUCCGCUGACCGCUCGACAGUUCCAGCUGGGUAUUGAGAGAUACGAGUGGAACAAGCUGCAGAGCUAUAAGUCAAUAGUUCCCAUGGUGCAUCUGUCAUGGAACCUGGCCAUGAAUGUUGGCAUGACUGAUGUCAAGUUGUACGAACAAAUCAGAUGGAGUUUGUUGAGGUCACUUCGCCAGAUACAGAUGACGUACGACACGCUGGAAGUGUUGGGGAAGGAGGUGAAGUGGCAUGGCCGAUCUAAGGAUGAAACUGCCCACUACUGCAAUGACUGCGAGAUUGAAGUGUUCGAUAUCUUGUUUGUGACUGAGCAAGACAGGAAGUUUGUUGUCCACUGUCAAGACUGUGUGUACAAGACCAGCCCUGCACUCGAGGGAAUCGUCGUCCUCAACCAAUUUCUUAUUGAAGAUCUCACUGAAAUCUAUGAUAAAUUCCAACUGCACACUGCCCCUCCAACACCAUCGUUAUCUCUGGUGUCCAGCUGAACACGCCCAACACUAGGCAGCAGCCGUGUACGACAACAUCACAGCCAAACCCAGGGGAUCAAAGUGUCAUCUAUGCAAAUCUGCUCCAACCAGCCACUGCCCAGCCUACUGGAUUCCAAUAACUUUCAUUUCUAUCUCAGUUCUGUGGAGAGACCGGCAAGAAUUCUUCUCAACUUGACAACCUGAAUCACACGGAGACGUAGAAGAACAGUGUUUCUGCAGGGGAUCCCAUGGGAUAAUAUUGCUGAUAUUUGACAUGCAUUAAUAUUAAUGGUUUGAGUCUGGAGACUUUUUGUAAUUCCACGUCGACCAUUCAUAAUCUGAAGAACUGUUCUGAAGGAAAAGCUUGUCUACAGACAGCCCAAGCUAAGAUACACAUGUAUGAAGAUGAGAGGGGAAAAGCAUUUCUACAGAGAUUCAAAAUGAAGAACGAAUAUAAUACUGCAAUAACAUGUGCCCUCUAUAUCUGCAUGGUUAUGUUCAUUGGGCAUUUCUGUAGAAGGUUCAGAUGUGAAGACUUCUGUUUUCUCUGUAUGCAUCGCCCAUUAUAAGAGUUUAAGUGUUCCAGCUUAGCUGAAAAUGUUGCCUAGUUCAUCUAGGGAGACUGUAGAACUUGUUACACAUCAGUUCUCAUCUGGCGGUACAUUGGUAGAAUAUAGAAUAGAAUCAUGUAUACAUGCACUUCUAUAACUUGACAAUGAUACAUAUACUAUAGGAAGCUUUAGAUCUGAGCAUCCCGGGUGUCAGUCAGUGAGACAGGACAAAGUAGAAGCUAAGAAAGACAUUGCUGGGAAUGGUUUCAGCUAGUCGAAGACAUUACUCCUAAUUAACCUGGAAGUCACUUUUUUCUUCCAAUCAAUGUAUCUGUACAUCAAGAUCAUUCUACAUUAGCAGAUUCACACUGCAUCUGUGAAUCAAGAUCAUUCUACAAUAGCAGAUUCACACAGCAUCUGUGCAUCAAGAUCAUUCUACAAUAGCAGAUUCACACUGCAUCUGUGAAUCAAGAUCAUUCUACAUUAGUAGAGACACACAGCAUCUGUGAAUCAAGAUCGUUCGGCGAUAGUAGAAACACACUGCAUCUGUGAAUCAAGAUCAUUCUACAUCAGUAGAGACACACAGCAUCUGUGAAUCAAGAUCGUUUGGCGAUGGUAGAGACACACUGAAUCUGUGAAUCAAGAUCAUUCUGCGAUAGUAGAGACACACUGCAUCUGUGAAUCAAGAUCGUUCGGCGAUGGUAGAGACACACUGAAUCUGUGAAUCAAGAUCAUUCUGCGAUAGUAGAGUCACACUUCUGGUAAGAGGAGAAGAUUGUUUAACUGAGAAGUAACCUUGCCUGUACAAGUGCCAGCUCCAACCUUUCUCUGGAUUUGUCUGGUGUUCUUCAAGACGAUUCAGGGGUAUCAUCAAUGAGCUGGAGUCACAGCUUCUGUCAAUGUCUUCUUGUACACUUGACUAGUGUUUCUCUUGAAAGUGAACACAAGUGGCAAUGGGUCACUUCCUGCAUCAACUGUUAUCUCCCUUUCUCAAGCACUAGGGGGCUCUUGUGUAGUUUCCCAACGUGGCAGACUUUGUUCACUGUAGUGUUCAAUUGCAGUGUGGAGUUUGUACAGUUUGGGAUUAAUAUUAGUUGGACUUUAUUAUAGAUUUAUAAAAUGGUGGAUGUAUGUGUGUUGAAUAUGUGAGAUGACCCCCUAGUGGCCAUGAAGAGAACUAUUUAUAGAGUUCUCUCCCCUUUGACCAGAUUCUAAUAUGCUGAUUUUUUCAGUGGCUAAUAUAUUUCCGCAAAAUAUUGCUUGUUCAUAUAUACAUAAACGUGUAUUGAUUGCUAUUUCAGAAGAAUAUAUAAUUGUGAUAUGAUCUUCAUAGUUUCUGUGAGAAGGAAAGUGUGAAUGGGGGAAAAAUUCAAUAUUUCUUUUCGUCUUAAGCCUGAUGAUUGAAAUCCCAUGUCAUUAUCUCAUAUCAUGGAGAGAUUUAUUUUCAUUGGAAAUGUUAGAAAUUACAUCUUGAAGUACUCUUUACUUGACUAAUUUUUGUGUUGAAAUUUUGUGAUUUUUGCAGUUACAUCUUUUAAUGUUUGUUCUAAGUAUACACAAUCAUUUUAUUUGAUAUUUAUGUUUAUUAAUACCUAGAAUCUAUACUGUAAUUUACCUUUGUAGGAGUGUAGACGAUUUAGUGCCAAACACCUAUAAACUGCACAUUAGUGGAAAAUAUCAAAAAUAGCUGAAAAGUUGAACUCAGGUUUCAAAUGUAGUCCGUGUAUUAUUAUAUACUAGUGAUUCAUGGUGACUGUCGUGCAAUAUGGCGAUACAUUGAUUAUUUCACUGUUACCAAAGCUGACCUACAGAAGAAGAAGAAUCUGAAGCUGUUUUUACAAUUAAUGUCUUGUAGAUGGAUUGGACAUUUACUCUGUAGAACGAAAGCAUUUCUUCUGUGUAAAACUUGAGGAAUAAUUAAGUCAUAUGUCAUGUCAUCUUCAAGACUUUAAAACAGUCUUGCGAAAUAUUGUAUUGAGGAAAUAUUGUAAGCUAUGAGAACAAUGCUGUCUGAAGUAAAAGCACAGUCAUGUAUCUUCAUGUUCUGUAGCCCAUUGUGUAACAAAAUAUAUAAUCUGUCACAUUCUUUACUGGGCUUUUGUCAGUCAGGUUUUCGAAUUGGAACUUGAGACACAGUGGGAGUUUAAAUGUCCAGUUUUGUCUGAAUCCAGUAACCCCCCCCCAGCUGUGUGGUGUCGAGGCCAUCUGUCUGAGGUCAUGUGACAGGAUCUUGGCGUCCAUUUUGGAUCAGCCCCUCUACAGAAGCAGGUGUUGGACACCUUAGUCUAGACACCACAGCUUGUCUGAAUGUAGGUGUUCAACACCCUGUGUCACACACGUCUGUGACUUCACCUUGUAAGACACCAGGUGUCCUUUCUAAGGCAGGUGUUCUCUUGUGUAUUACAUGACACCCGAUCUCAAAUUUCUCUGUGACACCAUGUCUUACAUCAUUACCAUCAGAAUUUACACAAACAUAGAAGCCUGUUUGGUCAAGUAUGAGACACCAAAUCUUGCAUGUAACCCUUCAUAUUGAGCUUCCCAGUAAUAAAUGACACCAGAUCAUCUCAUCCCUCCGUCAUUGUUGAUACCAUCACAAGAAUACUCUGUUGCCAAAAGUGCCCCUUGAGAACUCACUGCCACAGGAGACGUUUACAACAAUGUUAUUUUCACACAUAUACACGCUGUUUGAAAUGGCAGAAGUCUAGAAGGCAGGAUUUUCAUUGUUAAGGUUUGUGAAGAAGGAAACCCAUGUUAGGAGCAACGUUGAAUGCAGAUUGUGGAGGUUAUCGCGUGCAAAUUGGAGAUCAGGAUCAAUAUUUUGAUGCACUACUAGCAACGUGUUAUUUAUUUUGGAAAAGUAUUGUCAUGAAUUACCUUAUUAGGUCAUUAUUCAUUGGUAGGUGGCUUUCCUGCCUUGUGUGGGUGCACUUUAACCGUCAGAAAGUUGUGGACUAUUUAUUGGUAGUGUAGGACUGAAAGUUGUUGAAUUUUCUCUUCUGAGGUAUGUUAGUUAUUCCGAGACCUGACUAUGCAUUGUUAUUCUAUCAACAGCUUGAACUGUUUUCUACCUCGGGACAACAAGUUACCAUCUGCUGUCAAGUGCCAACCAUCUGAAGUCACUUGCAAUGUGCCAUGUUUAACAUACGAAUUACCUCCAGCUGAAAAUGGUACAGUCCAGAUCAGAGAGGAGAUUAUUCCAUCCUUCAAAUCAAGGGGUCAUUAAUCAGUACAUUGAUUUUUGUUUUGCUGUUUUCAGUCCACGUAUAGCAUUUGCUCAGAAGUAGUGAAAGUUGUAACGUAUAUAAGCAUAUCAGAGAGAAACGAACAAAAUCAUUUGCUGCUGUGGUAAUUGUUUGCAUUUUGUCCAUAUGCAUUUUGAGAUUUGUUUAUAUCAAUGCUCAGAAUUGAAUGUGUGUGCUUGAAAAAAAACAACAUUGUCAGCAAUGCCAUCUUGCAAAUAGUUUCAAUAGAACAUCAAACCAUUUUGUAGUUAAAAACCAAAUCUUGUUGCAAAAUGGCUGACGCUGGAGUUAACAUUAUUCACACGCUCAUUAUGAAUCAUACAUUUAUUUUACAAAAUACGAAAAGUAUAUCGUCAGUUUGUAAAAAAAAUGUCAGUAAUGCUCCUCAAUGAAUUCAUUAUCACAGACUCUCCAUACAUACACUCUACAGUGACUUAAAACAUCAUUUACAAGGGAGCUAACUCCGGGUAUACCAACAAACAACAUCGAACUGAGUACGAGCUUUGUAUGCGGUAGGGAUUUGAUAUAUAUAUUUCAGAGAAAUAACUUUAUACAUUUUUACUGGAACUACACCAUGUGACAAUUGUAUCCGCUACAGUUAUUGUUUCAUACAUUAUAUUUCAUGUUUUUGAUACAACUGAAGUUUGUUUUUUGGAAGGUUGUAUAUUUUUGGUAGUAAUUUUCCUCUGUGUUUUCUGUUGCCUAUGAUGCACCCAGGUUUAGCAAGUUUGUAGAGCAUAAUAUUAGAUGCUGUUGUUAAACCUAUAUACUUCAUUGUGCACCUGUGCUGUCCUAUCGUUUUUGUACUUGUCAGCCAUCUUUGAUUUUCAUGCCGACUUGUAAGGGAGUUUUGGCCAAGACUUGAGGCCUGGAAUGUGUAUAGAUGGGUUGGACAGUCUUUAAGAAAUGAUCUUCACACAGUACACAGAUUAAGAUGAACUGAUAUUGAGUAAAAAAGAAUGAAUAUAUAUACAGUUCUUAAAGAUUGUCCCAAAUUUUGUGUGUAUGCAUUGUGAGGGAAUGUUUGUUUAAUAACUCCAUGUAAAUUUGGUUUCUAAAGUUCUUUUUUUUUUAGGGUUUGUGAACAAUGAUUGAUAUGUGAAGGCGAAUUUACAUGUGGUAGUGAAACACUGUAAAUUUGCUGUCUUCAAAUUUUAAAACUUUGUUGUUUAGUAAAGAUUUCAUCAGUUUAUGUACCAUAAAAGACAUUGUGUACAUGAUGACCUUUGAUUUGAUCAAAUGUGCAGUUUGAUCACUAAACCGGUUUCAUGGAUGUACAGAGAUUGUCAUGAGGUUGCCAUGGCAACUUGGUGUAAAUGUUUAGUUGUUUCAUGAGAGAUUUCAGCUUGGAUUUAUCUAGGUGGUUUUGUGAUUUGUGCAGUCUGCAGAGUGUAUAAAAUACAGAGUGUACAUUUUGUGGUUGGAUAUUGAAGAAUUAUCUCCCUUUGGUGAAUAUUGUGGCAUGGAGAAGAAAUUUAUAAUUUGUCUUGCUUGAGCACCCAGGAAGGGACCAUUUGUCAUGACUGUAUUUAACUUAUUUCAUUGUUUGCAAAGCUGCUAAUCCCAAAUUAGAUUGGCAUGUUACGCCAUUUUUGCACUGAUCUCAAGUCAUUUCAAUUUGUUAAUAUUCGUUAUUUCUGCAAUAUUGAAAAUGGGAGAUAACUCUUAAAAUUUAUUUCUCGGGUCCUAUUAUUGAAUAGUGUUUCCUUUUUCAUUCUUUUGAUAAAGCUCUAGUGUUCUGAUUGUUUGUGCAUAUUUGUUAUUCUCAUGAUGAUGUGUUAGAGAUGACAUAAAGGUUUGAAUCCUGAAAUUUCAUGAAUGAUUGUCAUCUUGGGUUUAUCAUAAAACUGUCGCGUCUCUGUAUAUGAACCAUUGUCGACUAUUUAUUGUGUUCAUUAAAAUUAUCUUUCUGA